CUUAUAUUCUGACAGUCAGUUAUUUCGGUAACAUCAAAAAUUGAACCGCGUUGUGUAAAGACUAGCAAACCGUGAAACAUGCGUACGUUUACUCAAGGUGUGGAUAUAUUUAACUGUAAAAUUUAAUUGGAUUUAUUUUGUUAUGAAUUAUGGCAUACCCGUCACGUGCUCCUCCGCCGAUACCACGUUAUAAUCAACGUUCAGGUGGACAAAAUCACUCGAGCUCACCUGGUUACGCUAAUGAGCCGCUACAACUUCAAACGACACCAGCCCCAAGUCACUCACACCUGAGUCACCUGUAUAAUGGGCCGGGGGUAGGGUCAGCACAGAUAAGUCCAUCAAACAGAAGUCCGAGAUAUAAGGAUGCAAGCGAUGCACAUAAUAGAUUUCAUCGUGGCUCGAGCAACUUUGACCAGAUACGUAUGGACUGUCUGCGAAGAGGUAUCAUGUUUGAAGACCCAGAUUUUCCUGCCAAUGAUACGUCCUUAUACUACAGUAGAACACCUCCCUACAGAUUUGAAUGGAAAAGACCUGGGGAAAUAUCAGGAUACAGUAGACAAAAGCCUUCUUUCUUCAUUGAUGGUGCCACACGAUUUGAUGUGAAACAAGGAAGUUUAGGGGACUGCUGGGUAGUUGCUGCCGUUGCCUGCCUCACAAGUCCCGACCACCAGGAACUGUUUCGACGAAUUGUACCAGCUGACCAAGGAUUUCAAGAUGGCUGGUAUGCGGGACUGUUUCGGUUUAAUUUCUGGCAUUUUGGGAAAUGGAAGGAGGUUAUUGUUGAUGACAGAUUACCAACAUACAGGGGAGAAUUGAUGUUUGUACAUUCACAUCAGAAAACAGAGUUCUGGGGAGCUCUUCUAGAGAAAGCUUAUGCCAAAUUAUACGGUUCUUAUGAAGCUUUAAAGGGAGGUAAUGUAGCUGAUGCUUUAACAGACUUCACAGGGGGAAUAACUGAGGGUUAUAUUUUACGUGGUCCAAAUACAGAUGUGCCAAGAAAUGUUGUCAAUAUUCUGUUUAAAGCUCUUGACAGACAGUCACUAAUUGGCUGUGGAAUUAAUUCACUAAAAGGGUCAGCCACAGAGACUGAGAUGGCCAAUGGUUUGAUAGCUGGGCAUGCUUACAGUAUAACAGACCUUAGAGAGAUAUUACUUAUGUCAGAUAGAGGUCAAGUGCCUGUAACCUUGAUCAGGGUGAGAAACCCCUGGGGCAGCAGAGUGGAAUGGAGGGGCCCCUGGGGUGACAGAUCAGCUGAAUGGAACUCGAUACCUGACAAUGAGAAGGAACGUAUGGGGCUGGUGUUUAGGGAUGAAGGAGAAUUCUGGAUGGAUUUUAAUGACUUUUUGAAGAAUUUUGAUACAGUAGACAUCUGUAAUUUGACCCCUGACUCUCCAAUAGACAUGCCACGGCAGUGGCAUACAACAGAAUUUCAUGGUAGAUGGCUGAAGGGCUUCAGUGCUGGGGGCAGACCUACGCUAAGAGAUUCACAUUGGUGCAAUCCACAGUUUCGGGUAUCAUUACAAGAUACUGAUGAAGAUGAUGAUAAAAUGUGUAGUUUUAUAAUACAAUUAAUGCAGAAAGACAGAAGAAAAAUGAAGAAUAAAGGAGAGAGAUUAGUGUAUAUAGGUUUUGUUGUAUAUAGAUAUAUUUCAAAUCAUCCAUUACCAUUAAAACGUGACUAUUUUGAUCAUAAUGAUCGUGUUGCAAACUGUGAUAUGUUCGUAAAUUCUCGACAAAUUAUUCAACGAUUAGUGCUGCCACCUGGUGACUAUAUUAUUAUUCCUUGUACAUAUGAUGUAAAUGAGGAAGCAGAAUUCUAUCUUCGAUUCUUCUUUGAGAAUAAAAACUCAUCAGAGGGUACAGAUGAGCCCUCAGAAAAGCUAGAGAUCUCAUUACCUCAACCACACCCAGACAAAGAACAGGAGGAACAGUUUAGACGCUUCUUUUAUUCUGUCUCUGGAGAGGACAUGGAAGUAAAUCCUUUCGAGCUGUUGAAAUCCUUAAAUGAUGGCCUCAAAAAAGAUUCCUUCCAUAAAGACCUGAGUGUUGAGGCAUGCAAGUGUUUUAUAUCUUUACUAGAUGUUGAUAACUCAGGAAAACUAGGAUAUACUGAAUUCCUUUAUCUCUGGAACCUUUUACGCUCCUGGAAAAAACUAUUUUAUCAGUUUGACAGUGAUAAAUCAGGUCUGAUGAGUUCUUUUGAGUUAAGGAGAGCAUUACAAUCUGCAGGUUUCAAAUUAAACAGCAGUACCUUAGCAGCUCUUGUGUUCAAAUAUUCCAAUGUCCACAAUCAAAUUAGUGUAGAAAACUUUUACUGUUGUCUUGCCAAGCUAAUGAAACUGUUCAAUAUUUAUCAGAAGUUUAGGAAAAAUGGCCAUGCAGCUUUUACAAUAGAAGAGUGGUUGGAACAGUCUCUUUACACGUGAGAGAUGGAGAGAACUAAAUAUGUGAGAGAUCUUGUUUUUAAGGACGGAAUUACUAUCCUGACAAUGAAAGUGCUCUUCAGUGACUUCAUAUUUGACUUGAAAUGGCAGCUAUAUACAAUCAGAUCAUGAGAUUUUAUUAUUUUCAAUACUUGUGUUGUUGUAACGACAUUAUGUAGGUCUUGACUGGACUGUCAGAUUUCUAGACCGAUAAAUAUUUUGGUGUUUGAAGAAUCUAGACAGAGGAAAGUAGACUACAUAUUUGUUGUGUAGAUUAUACCUUCUUUUAUAUUCUACUCUUCCAGACAGAAUGGUUAUAGAUACCUAUUUUAGCUAGUAGUAUAUAGCCUGAUUGAGAGGUUGAUAGACUGGUUUGGAGAAUUUAACUACUCAGUAGUAAAUAGUCUGGUUUAGAUGGUGCUUUAUACUUAACAAAAAUAGGUGGCCAGUAGAUGUUUUUAUGAUUACAUUGUAUUUUACUACAGUGUUAAAAUAUUGGCAGGACCCAUGGUGAGCUUGUAGAAAUUCUUCAUGUAUUUUGCUCUAAAAAGACUUUAUGUCAUGCCCAUCUGUUAAGCCAAGUAAGAAAGGCUUCUACAGAGUACACAUAGAUAUACCAAUCAAAGGAAUAGUGUCACCAUUACAAUGCUGUAAGGGGAUAAUCGUCCGUUAAUAGCGUUCUAGGGUAGUUUAUAAUAAAAACUUGACAAUAAGAUUAUAUAAAAAUGUAAAAUUUCUGGCUACAAUGUAUAUUAUUUUAGAUUUUUUUUUCAUCUGGACUUAGAUCACCGGGACAGAUACCUUAUUUCCGGGACUUUCCCGAACAUCCGGGACGUUAUGGCAUGUAUGAUUACUAUGAAACAUACUUUUGAAAUUAUCACUUAUUGCAGCUUUUUAAUGCAUUUAAGGUGAUGCAAAAAUUUGGUUUUAUUACAAAUAUGAUUGAUCUUACCAGUAGAAAAAAAAACCCAUACUGGUCUCAAGAGAACCAAUGGAAGCAAUUUAAGGGGUUUUAUACAAAAGUCAAGAUUUCAGAAGGGGUAAAAUCUUAAUUUGCUAAUUUGUAUGCUUUAAGUUUUAGUUUUUUGAUAUUGUGUGAUGUUAUGGAGAUUUUAUAACAUUUUUAGUCAAAAAGUCUUAACUGUACAGACUUUGAUAUUGUAUACAUAUUCUAUACAGUGGUUCUUUACAUGCCUUUUAGACUAUUAUGCUAUUUAUGUUUCAAAAGAUAGCCAAGUGAAAGAUUUAAUUUCUUAGAAUUGUAUAUUGUAGAUGUUAUUUAUUUCUUUUGAAAUGUUUUUUUCUUCUUUUUUCUUGAUCAAUUUUUAUAAUGUUUUACAUUUAGAUUAUAUGAUUUUUAAAUGAGUCUGAAAUUUGUGCAUGGAUUUUUUAGAGCUGUGAGCAAACAUGGAAGACUCUGUUUAUGUUACAAAAUUGUGCUACAUGUAUAUUUCUACAACAGAAUAUUUUACUUCAAGUUAACAUAUAUUGUAACAUUGACACAUUGCAACAGUAAGUGAAGCACAAUGGAUAGUAGGUUGUUGUUGUUGUUGUUGUUAUGUUGUGCUAUGAGUGUUUUCCAUUCAAACUUUCUUUCAAAAUAACGAAACAUUUAAUACGAUUUCAGUUUUUUGAUAUUUCAGCUUUAUUAGACAUGUGUUCAGAAAUGAUACAGUAGGUAUAUCUAAUUUCAAGUGUGGUAAUAUCAUGGUUAAAGUAACUUAUGUUUUAAGUGUAUACAUGUUAAAUAUUUCUAUAAGAAAAAACGACAACAAAGUCAGAAGAGAUAAAAACAAUGUGAUUUUGAUUCAACAUAUUUGAAGCGUCCUAUUAAAUAUUUUAAUAAUUCCUCUCAUUAAUGCAGUAACGGACUAACUCUUAUUGAAUUAUAUAAGGAGGUAACCCUUUACUGCACUAAGGUGGUGAUAUGUUAUAUAAAUUUGAAAACUUUUGUUAAUGAUUAUACUAUUGUUGAAGUAUGUGUUGACACUGCCAAUUAUUAAAGAUAGCAAUUUAUUUAUAUAUGUAUUUUAUUGUCACAGAAUUUGAAUUCAACCAUAUAUGUACUGUAGUGUUAACAUUGUAAAAUUUGUUUUAUCCUAUCAUUAAGUUCUAACUAAGCAUUCCAUAAUUCAAUAUGAAAGUUGAAUAUUUUUAAUUUUGAAAUAGAAAUAUACUUUUACAAUGAGA